GACCUGAGAGCUCUACAGGAGCUGAUGGUUGCCUAUCCUCAGACCAUUGCCGAGAAUUCCGACCUGGGCAGACCAUCAACCUCAUGUCUCCAUUAACAGGAGUGUCUAUGUCAACAAGAAAGCCUGUUGCCAUCCUCAUACGCUUGCUAGAUGCAACUAGCGCGCGAAGAGCUAGACUUAUCGAAGCAACAUGACUCUACCAUACCUGCUAGCUGGUCUCGAACAAGCCAUCACCAGGCCAGCCACUUCACCCAACCUCCUGCCAGUUCUACACAGUCGAGAAGUUCCAGUUAGCCACAUUUAUCAAAGGAGAAUGCGGGAGGGGCUGGUUGAAGGCUUGACAAAGCUUGGGAAUGCGGAUACACAUGCCCACGCACAGGAGCAAAGAUCGGGCGGGAAGUUUCUCAGUAAAGAUAAAGGAUUUGAUCCUUGCCAUAAAAUUGGAGGCAGAUGCUUUUGGUGAUCAGAAAAGCUUGACCGCGAAUGAGACAUCUCAGAAGCCGCCUACAGACCGGUUUGAGACUAAUGACUCGGUGAACAGAAGACUAUGACAUGUCCACUUCAAGGGAGCAACAGUUCAUGCGAGCUUCCCGUGGGCCUAAGCACGGCCAUCUGUCUUGUACACCACGAACUCUCACAUGCGCCAUUACUGCAGACAGUUCUCGCAAAACUUCGCGCCAGAAGGAUCUAUGCCAUGCUUGUUCGUCUGUUCCUUGAGAUAUGCGGUGUUUGUUUGGUUUGUCUUGCAACCACUUCUGCGAAAUCGGGAGCCCGAGCCGGUCGGCCCUCCGGCAUAGACAUACUCCGGGCGGAGUAGAUUUUAUCCAAUACUACUGGUCGGAUAGCCCCGGUGCGCAGUUGCGGUUUGUGUGCAUUCUUGAUUGAUCCCAUAGGUAAGGAAAAUGAUAUGGCGGCGUACAAGGACGG